AUGAACUCGCUCAACACCACGUCCGUCUCCUUGGCUGUGACGCCGACCGUCGUCUCGACCUUAUUCUCACAUUACCUAAACAGGAAGCCCCUGAAGGAGCGUCCCACGGCGCAUCUCUCAUACGACGAGGGUCUCCAUCUUAUCCGAUCGUUCCUUGAGUUUGCCUCGCAUCACACGGUCGAAGAGCUCCAGGCCUUUACAGCACAAUGGGUGCCGCACCCGCAAUGGGUCAAGGUCGAGGAUGUCACCAUCUCCGAUGAUCAAUUGAGCCGCGCGGCCGAGGUGCUACAAGCCCAGCUAGGCCCGGAUGGCAUUCGACAGGUUGGAGGGCCCAAGUGGUGGCAGUGGCGCAAGUCCAAGAGCAACUUGGAGGCCCAGUGGAUUGAGAUGCGCUCCGAUGCGUACGAGCGGAAGAAGCAGGGCGGCAACUGCAGGCGUGUCAUGAUGUACAUCCAUGGCGGUGCCUACUUCUUUGGCAGUGUCGACGAACAUCGGUACCAGAUGCAACGACACGCCCGCAAGCUCAAGGCCCGCGUAUUUGCACCUCGUUAUCGACUCGCCCCUCAAUUCCCCUUCCCGUGUGGCCUGCAGGAUUGUCUAGCAGCGUAUCUUCACCUCUUGACAGUUCAAGAUCCCGAUACUAUAGUGCUAGCGGGUGAUUCUGCCGGAGGCGGCAUGGUCGUGUCGUUGCUCUGUGUGCUUAGAGACCAAGGGCUUCCGCUACCCGCCGGUGCUAUCCUCAUCAGCCCUUGGGUCGACUUGACGCACUCUUUCCCAAGCGUUUCCAAUGAUGCUCCGCUGGAUUACAUCCCUCAAGCUGGGUUUCAUCACAAACCUUCCAGGGCCUGGCCACCUCCUAACGAAGAUGAAAUUGCCAUACUGAGAGAUGAAGCUCUAAAAAAGAAGAAGGGCAAAACCAAGGGAGACACAGGAACCCAAGAGCUCAAGGAGAAACAGCAGGCCCCCAUUGCAGAAGGGAACGGGUCUCCCAGCUUGGCCAGUUCUAGAUCAGCCUGGAUCAAUGGUGGAGCCCCUACCGACCCCGCGCAGCUUCUGUCUGUUGAAAUUGAUGGCAAGCUGAUCAAAAUUAAGGAUCAGAUUCAGAUGUACACAACCAAUGAGCUUCUUGCUCAUCCUCUUGUCAGCCCGAUCAUGCAGCCAACCCUUGGAGGACUCCCACCGCUGCUUAUCAUGGUUGGAGGAGGAGAGAUUCUCCGUGAUGAACAAAUUCACCUGGCUCACAAGUGCGCCAAUCCCGAAAAGUAUGCCCUGCCAGAUGAGACCAUGGAUGAAAAGGCAAAGGCGUUGUUGAAGCGAUACGAGCCGACAGAUGUGCAGCUUCAAGUGUGGGAUGACCUCUGCCAUGUGGCCCCUACACUUAGCUUCACUCGUCCUGCCAAGUACAUGUAUCGAUCCAUUGCCCAGUUCGGCGCUUGGGCACUCGCAAGAGCCCAGAAGCGAGGGAUUGAAAUCAUGGACGAUGAUGCGAUAUCGGUUAUAUCCUCCUCGGGCUCAGAAACAGAACACGAGGAACAGGGCAGUGCAGGAGGGAAUGUUGAGGGUGAAAUCGCCAGCGCUGAUCCUGGCCAUGUUGGAAAGGCCGGAGACCCUCUUCCUGCGUUCAAGAACCACAUGAUUCGACAGAAGGUAACCCGGCAUGGUGCUACUUUACCUCUCGAUCCCGAGUCUGAGCUGCCUGGCUGUACUAUAUCAACCAAUUCUGUUGGUCUCGUUAAGGAGGGGACCGUAAAGAAGUGGCUGGAAACGAAGCAGCAAAGGGAAAUCCGAUAUGCCACCUCAAAGGCCAAGGUCCACAAGAAGAUCGUCAAGGACAUGGUAGCGGGAUAUCAUGAUUUUGGCCUCGGAGAAUAUCCCCCUCCCAGCGCAUUGGCUGGACGGAGAAGAGCUGAUUCGGAGAUGGUUGAGGGCAAGAAACACAAGAGCUUGGGACUGGCUAUUUGGUCACUCUGGGGUUCAAAGCACGAUGAGAUGACAGUUGAGCGCGAACAGAAGGCAGAAAAGGCCAACGAAGAACCAGACGUCCAAGUUGCGAUGCCAGACCAUGGCGAAGGCGCACGCUCGUUUGCUGACAUUGAAAAACAAGAGCAGCAACACCCCAGGGUACCAAUUUCACGGGGUCGUUCACAUCGCAGGACGGUUUUCAAUGAGAACCAGACGGGCAGCAUCGUGGUGGAUGAGGACACUCCCGUGGCGCAGCUCCUGGAACUGCGACGAGAAAAGGAGGCAGCUGGCCUCUUAAACCCCGACUACGUACCCGAAACUGGAGUGGUAGGAAAGCGUCCGUUCCUAGACGGAAUCGCGUUGCCAUUCAGUCUUAAUAAGGAGGCCGACACUGCCAGCAUGAUGACCCUUUACUCUGAUACAGCUACCCCGCUUCCAGGAUCGCGACCAAUGAGUCCAGAUGCUUUGAGCAACGCCUCUGAGCAACCGAUAAAGCAAAGUGGCCUUGCGAAUGAGGUGGAGUCAUCAACACCAGCCCUUGAGCGGCCAGGGCUGGAAACAUUCGUUACGGCAGUAGAGAGCUUGCCCCAGGCAAAAAGAGCGGAUGAGUAG